AAAAGGAAUGUAACUGAGUUACUACGUUUAAAGUUACAAAUGGGAAGAUUGGAAGAAGCCACCGACCUUUCCUUAGACUACAUUCAAACACUUUUGUCUGGCAAAGGUCAUGAAUGCUUCGGAUUGUCUUCAACACUACUGAGUAAGUCUUCAUCAGUAUGUUUUCCCUAUAGUAUUAUAGAUGUCUUGUUAUCUCAGCUUCAACAAGCAAGUAAAAAGGAGGAAUCAUAUUGUCAGAUGUACCAUUCUCUACAAAAUGCUUUAAAAAAUUACUUAAGGACUGUGAAACAAGUAUCGGAGAACGUAGUUGCCAUAAAAAAUGGAAGAUCAUAAUUAGUUACUGCUUGAUAUUUUUAAGAUUUGACAAAGAAUUGCACGUUAAUCUAUGUCACAUUACAAUAGUAAACAAUAUAAGACAUAAUCACACAUAAUAUUAAAUAAAAUUUUAUUAUCUAAUCCUUAUAUAAAGGGCCUGAGACAACUUAGUAUUUUGUAUGAUUUAGAUAAAAAAUUGUGUAAGCACGUCGACAUUUGUAUCAAAAAUUUUGCAUCCUACUUUUGUAAGUAAGGGUAAACA